AGCAACAACGUCGGUGGUUUUUGAAAGGCUGCAGGCGCUGCCAGGGCAGGGGCUGCUUUGUACAACGUGCGCAAGCAGCUCUGGGGGGAACAGUCCCGUCCCCUUGUGCCAGCUGAGCCCGUUUUGCAGCUUUCUGUGCCAGCAGCUGGCAGUUUGCAGGCGUUGGCAUUUGUGGUGGAGCGGGGGGGGGCUGAGGGGUGGGCAGGGGGGUGCCCCCAGCCAGCGAGUGCCUUGCGGCCGGUGUGGGCAGGGUGCUGGGCAGGGUGCUGGCUCUGCCGGGGACCGAGGGUCGGUCCCUGAGCUCGGUGAUGCUGCGUGCUGGGGACAGGCUGCAGUGUCAGGGGGGAGCAGGGACAGGGCAGGACUGUGCUGGUGUUUCAAACCAAGUGCUGACAGCUGUCAGGCCACAGAAUUAAACGUCCCUGAUCUGCUGCAUCAGUGCCAUGUGCUCUGCAACCUCCCAACAGGACAACAACAGCUGUGGUGGUAAAGCUGCAUCCCAGGCUGGCAUGGUACCCCCCCACCCAGAGGUGCCUGGGCAUAGAGGCGAAAGGACACACAGAAGAGCUCUGGGCAGGUGCUGCGCUCUCCCUCCAGCGUAUGGCCUGGUGGUGGCUGUGCUCGUGGCUGUGAUCCUGGCUUUGGCCGCUGCUCUUGCUGUACAGUCGGCAGGCAGAUGUGAAGGUCAUCUAGCUCCGGUGCUGGGUUGUCCUGACAACUGGGUUGGGUACCGCAACGUCUGCUACUGCCUCUCGACGGAGGAGGGGAGCUGGGUGUGGAGCCAGGAGCAGUGCUCCUUGCGUGGGGCCUCGCUGGCUGUGCUCCAGAGGGAGUGGGAAAUGGAGUUUCUCUCGCGCCUCAAAGGCAAAGAUGAUUUCUGGCUUGGGCUGCGGAGACAGGACGAGCGCCUGGAGUGGGUGGAUGGCAGCAGCUUCACCCAGAUGAUCCUGGUGCGGGGCCAAGGAGCGUGUCUGUAUUUGAACGACAAUGCUGUCGGGAGUUCAAGCUGCUCACAGCAACGGCCAUAUAUCUGCAGCAAGCCCCAAGCUCAGAGUUGACAAAGACCUUCAUGCUGAGCACUCACAGCAUCACCUUGUCCACCAGCACAGGCAGGGACUGGCCAGGUGGGGAGGCAAGCACAGAGCCCCGACGUGAGCAGGGGUGUGCGAGGGCCGCUGAGGGAGGUUUCAGUCCAGGCAGCCCUUUUGGGGCUGGCACCUUUGGCCUGGGAGCAGGGG